AUGGAUGGCAAAAAGAGAGAGCUACAUUUUGUGUUCAUGAAUUAUGAUCCUGAAUAUGAGCGCCUUCGAUCCAACAGAACAAAAAAAGGUGAAAAUGAGCGUGAUUUGUACUUAAGUAGGAAACACGAUGAGCUAUUGGCAAAGAAUCUCCAACCCGGAAGCUACACGAAAACCCUCUCAUUGGUCAUUGUCGACGGAUUUGCAGUAGAAAUCACCAAUGAACAGAUAAAGUGGACUACUCAGAAGCCUAUGAAAUGUAUCACAUCAUCUGAACCUAAGGAAUCUGCCUUUGUUUAUUAUUCACCCCUCAGCCUUUGUUUUGGUAAUCGAGAUGCGAGUACUGAAUGUUGGCUGUCCGGAGAAUGGACCGUAAGGAAAAAUCCAACAAGUGCGCGACAACAUGAGAGAAAAUACAAAAAAAUCAUGAUGUAG